GAACUCAGAAAUGGCUGAUUGUGGCCCUGCUGCUCCAGACGGGCUGCCCCACGAAUUGGUACUAGGUGACCCUGUCCCUAAGGCAAAAGGGCACCAGGUCUGUGAGGGCAAUGACUUCCCAGGUGAGAAAACUGAAGGUGAAGAGUUGAAUGGCCAUGAAAGCCCAGAAGCCACUAGCCCAGGACCUGACCUGCAGGGCAGUUUGAUUGUACAUGGCUCUGAGAUGGCAACGGGCCAGCCUGGCCUUCUGGAGCAGGGGUACGGUCUGGAGGAUGGACAAGAGAUCCUGUGUGACUUCUGCAUGGCCCAGAAGGUCCUGGCAGUGAAGUCCUGCUUGACCUGUAUGGUGAAUUACUGCGAGGACCACCUCCGGCCUCACCUGGAGAACAGCAAGCUGCAGAGCCACAAGCUGAUGGAUCCCGCAAAGGACAUUGACCGGCAGACCUGUGAGACUCACAAAGACCACUUGGGGUGGUUCUGCCAGACCGACCUGGUGUGUGUCUGUGAGGAGUGCCUGGCCGAAGAGCACAAGGGGCACAACUUGCUCACCUGUGAGGCAGCCAGGAAGGACAAUGAGAGAGAACUUCUGCAGACCCAAGCAGAGUACGACUGGAAACUGAAGUCUGCUGAAAACGCAAUUGUCAAGCUGCAGAAUAAUACACAGUCUAUAGUGAGUUCUAUUUCCGAAGUGAAGAGCCUGGUGUCUGGGCAGUUUGGGGAGCUCUUGGAAGCUGUCAAGAUGGCCCACUCAGAUGUACUGGCAUUUCUAGAGGAGAAGGAGCGUGUGGCGGUGAAUCAAGCCAACGGGAUAAAGAUCCAUCUGGAGCACAAGCAUGCUGCCAUGGAAGAGAAUAAACUCAGGCUGGAGAAGAUGGCCCUCCACACCAGUGACAUCCUGUUCCUUAAGGAAUAUUGUGAGCUCAAGAAGAACACAGGGGAUGACACGCUUCCCAGUGUUUAUAUUGGACUCAAAGAUAAACUGUCAGGGAUCAGAAGGGUCAUCUCAGAGUCAACAGAACACUUGCUACAGCUUGUACAAGCCACCUAUAAGGAAAAGCUCGAGGAGUUUGGAAAGGAAGAGGACUGUGGGAUCAAAACGAUGGUGUCUGCACUUGUACCAUCCAGGCACCGCAUAUCAGCUCCAGAUCCAGAGACUAGGAGUGACUUUCUCAAGUACACAUGCCUGUUAACGUUUGACCCAGUCACGGCCCACAGAUAUCUCAGGCUCUUGGAGGACAACCACAAAGUGACUAACACCACGCCCUGGGAACACUCCUACCCAGAUCACCCUGAAAGAUUUGAGCACUGGCGCCAGGUGCUGUCAGACAACAGCUUGUACAUGGGUCGCUACUACUUUGAGGCUGAAAUAAGCGGAGCCGGCAUUUACAUUGGUAUGACAUACAAAAGCAUUGACCGGAAGGGGUCAGAAAGCAACAGCUGCAUCUCGGGGAAUAACUUCUCCUGGAGCAUCCAAUGGCAUGGCAAGGGGUUCUCUGCGUGGCACAGUGAUGUGGAGACGCCACUGAAAACAGACACGUUCAACAGGAUAGGGGUCUAUCUGGACUAUCCCAAGGGCACUUUGUCCUUCUAUGGUGUCACCUUGGACACCAUGACUCUGAUGCACAAGUUUGAGUGUGAAUUUGCUGAGCCACUCUAUCCUGCUUUCUGGCUUUCGAAGAAAGAAAACUCCAUCAGAAUAAUCAAAGCAGGGGAUGCUGAUGAGAAGACUCCUGUCUCUUCUGCUUCCUCAGAGGAAGCUGCUCCUUCCAACACACAUUCAGUGUCUGAGGUGGAAGCAUUGGCCAGUACUUAGGUUGUGGAUCAAUAUUAGUAUUGGGGCAGCAGACGCAGCAAGGAGAUACAUGCUACUGGGGUUUUAAUAAGAGGGUCCAUAAACGAAGCUGGUUCUCAGCUUCCUAUGGCUUGAAGAUGGAAAAGUCCUUUUUUGGUCAUGUAGUCCAACUCCCAGGGGUCAGUGCAGAUUGUUCCCUACUAUAUAUUCUUGAAUGCUUUGUUCAGUAGGAUUUUACCUUAUUUCAACAUGAUGGGUAUUCUACCAGUUCCCUGGGAAACUUUUCCAGCUUCAAGGGACCUGAUUCUGUGCUCAUAUACAGCGGCAUAAAUCAGGUGUAACCCUAUGGAAGUUAACCAUGGGCUAAAUCUGCAGUUAAUGUAGCUCUGCCUAGCUCUGUUGAACUCAAUGGAGCUAUGGUGAUUUAUACCAGCUGGAGAUCUGGAGUGGAGUUACACUGGUGUACAACCGGUGUGAGAGGAAGAUCAGGCACUAAUAGGUCAAGAUCUCACUAUGUGGAAAAUAUUCCUAAUGUUCAGUCUACAUUUCUUCUGCUCAGUUUCAUUCUGUUACCUCUGGUCUCAUUGGAGGCAGAAUAGGUCAGUGGACAGGCAGGCUGGUCCGGCGGCUAGGGUGCUAUCAUUGGUGUGGGGAGACCAGUGUUCACUUGCCUAUACGAGCACAGUCUCCUUGUGUGAUGCUGGGCAAGUUGCUCAGUCUCUCUGUGUCUCAGCUCCCUGCCUAUACAAUGUAGAUGAUAGCCUUGCCCUACCUCUCAAGGGUCUUGUGAGGAUAAAUGCUGGAUCAUAUUAAAGAAGUUCUGUAUUAAAAUCACAAAUGAGUUUGAUUCUCCAU